AUGUCGAAACACAGACGUGGUGGAAGACAGCAGAAAUCUUAUGGUGGAACUGCUGGUAGUGGUGGUCGUGGCGGCGGCGGCGGCGGCGGUAAUAGACAAGGAAAGAUUUUGUAUAAUGCAGGGGAUGAACCAGCAUUUAUACGACAAUUUAAAGAGCGUACUGGAUAUCAAGCACCAUUAACAACUGAUGAUAAACAUCGAACCCUUAUCAAUGAAAUAAAUGAUAAUGAUGAACGACCACGUGAUGGAGAUUAUCGAAAAGAUGAUGAAAAACCUCAAAUUGUACAAUUAGAUGCAAAUGAUUUAAGUAAAGAAGAAGUUGAAGUUGAAUUAGCAAAAGCAAAAGAAGCUGACGAAGAAAAAAAAUGUAUUGAUUCUAAUGGUCGUCUAUUAUUUCGAAAACCAAAAGAAAAAUCAGAUGAUAGUGUAGCUGCAACUAGCAAAUCUGAUAUUAUUGAAAUGGCAUCAAAUAAAUCAACAAAAAGAAAGAAUCCACCUCCAUCAACAACUACACAAAAAGAAAGUAAUCAUGGAAAUUCGAGUGAAAAAAAAAAGACCAAAAUACAAUUACUUUCAUUCAUGAAUGAAAGUGGUAUUGAUGGAGAUGAUUAA